AUGAGAGAAGAGCUCCUGUCCCCCCCCCUUCUACAGGAGCUGUACCUGUCGUCGACGCGCCCCGUGAGCGCCCUGGAGAUGCGGCGCGAUCUGCUGCAGUGGGAGCCUGCGCUGCAGCUCGCGCGUAAGCUCGCGCCUGCGCAGAUACCUUACAUCGCGCGCGAGUACGCCGCGCAGCUUGAGUUCACAGGUGACCACCCGGGCGCCCUGACGCACUACGAGCGCGGUAUCGUCAACUCCCCCGACGCGGAGGACCACAACGCCGCCUGUAAAGCGGGCAUCGCACGCACGGCGCUCAGGUGUGGUGACAUAAGGCGAGGCGUUAACAUCGCAACGGAGCUCAACAGUAAAGCGCUGAAGCGAGAGUGUGCUGAUAUCUUAGAGUCCAAGAAGCAAUAUGUAGAGGCCGCAACGCUGUACGAGGCAGCAGGACAGUACGAGAAAGCAGCAAGUCUAUACAUCAAACUCAAGAAUUGGAGCAAAGUUGGAGCCUUGCUACCCAACAUUGCUGCUCCUAAGCUACAUCUCCAGUACGCGAAAGCCAAGGAAGCAGAAGGCAGCUACCGCGAAGCUGUGGCAGCGUACGAGUCUGCCCGCGACCCUGACAACGUCGUACGUCUGCUGCUGCAUCAGCUCAACGCCCCUGAGGAGGCCGUAGCUGUCGUCAGGGCAAGCAAGAGCAUCGAGGGCGCCAAGAUGGUUGCAAAGUUUUUCCAGCGUAUGGACGACUACGAAUCGGCGAUCCAGUUCCUGGUGCUGUCCAAGUGUGCGGACGAAGCGUUCCAGCUGGCAAGAGCGCACGGCAAGAUGGAGCUCUACGCGGACAUCCUCGGCGACGACGCCAGCGUUUCUGACUACGCCAGCCUCGCCUUACACUUCGACAACGAGAAGAACCAUUACCUGGCUGGCAAGUUCUACUACAAGGCUGGCCAAUACGCCAAGAGCUUGAAGCAGCUGGAGAGGGCGGCGACGUCGUCCACCACAGGCUCGGAGGACGAGGCGGCCAUGCAGUUGGCCAUCGAGGUGGUGGCCGAGGCUGACGAUGAAACGCUGACUCGUCAGCACAUCGACUUCCUCAUGGGGGAAGUCGACGGCAUACCCAAGGAGGCCAAGUAUUUGUUCCGACUGUACAUGUCGCGCAAGAAGUACCGCGAGGCAGCGCGUACAGCUGUCGUGAUAGCGCGCGAGGAGCAGAACGCCGGGAACUACCAGCACGCACACGACCUGCUGCUGGGGAUGUGCAGGGAGCUGGCACGUCAGAACCUAGCCGUCCCUAGCGAGAUGUCCUCAUCCCUGCUGCUCCUACACUCCUACACCCUGGCUAGGAUGUGGGUGAAGAAGGCUAAACAUGACAUCGCCGCCAGACUCCUACUUAGAGUCACCAACAGCAUCUCCAAGUUCCCUGCCCACGCCGUGCCGAUUCUGACGUCGGCCGUGAUAGAGUGCCACCGCGCGGGCCUCAAGACGUCCUCCUUCAACAUCGCCGCGAUGCUCAUGCGGCCAGAGAUGCGCGACCAGAUCGACGAGAAAUACAAGAAAAAAAUUGAAGCAAUUGUUCGCAAGCCAACAAAAGGCCGCGAAGACGAAGAAGAAGCGAAGUCCCCUUGUCCGUACUGCAGCGAGGGCAACAUGCCCGAGAGUGCCCUCGAGUGCCAUAAGUGUCAUCGACAGCUGCCAUAUUGCAUCGUCACGGGUCGCCACAUCGUAGCGAAUGACGUCACGUUCUGCCCUUCGUGCCACUUCCCUGCCAUCCGCACAUUUUUCCUGCAGCUGGUGGAGGAGGGCGGGGACUGUCCCAUGUGCAGGGAGGCUGUAGACGCGGAGGCGCUGGUGCUCAGUGAGGACUGGAAGGAUAAGGUGGAAGUCCACAGCCGCGAGGAGAAGACUGACGACUGAAGCAGGCGAGGACUGGAGCAGACGACUGAAGCAGACGAGGACUGGAGCAGACAAGGACUGGAGCAGACAAGGACUGGAGCAGACAACAACUGAAGCAGACGAUGAAUGGAGCAGACGAGGACUGGUUUGCACUAGGCCUAAUUCAACAUAAAUAAUCGCACCCGAUGCUCCCAGAAGUUGGUGUACUUUUCGCAUUCACUCCUGGAAACUUCGUUUCGUCCAUAACUGAGAUCGUUUUUGAAACUGUUGCCUGCAUGUUUCUAUUCAUAAUCAACUAUAAAAUAUUAUCAGAACAGUGAAUUUUUUUAAAUUGAACGGUAGGUUAUUCAUGGUUAUGUACCUCUUCCUCUUGUAUCAGUCUUUAGUCAUUUGACUUAAACGCCUCUUCGAGCAUCGCGUGAACGAUCGUUGUUUGCGUUCAGCACCUCGAAGUGACGUAUUUAAAGACAGCCGUUGUCUUUAGGCUGAACACCUUAUUAAGUUAUUAAAUUAUAUUAAGUUAUUGAAAAUUAUCGUAUAAACUUAUGACACGUUAUUUCCUUGAAAUUAAUGGUCGAUGGCACGCCAUACAACAGCACAGUAUUUAUCAUCAACAUAUUUCUAACUUGUCUCGGGCUUUGAACAACAUAUUGCUUCAACUUUUCAUGUCAUUGUUGCAUGUGACAAUUGUCUGAAUUAUCGUAAAUAAAAUAUUAAAUUAUUA